CGCUUCGAGAGUGCCACAAGAACCAUGGCCAUGCAGCCCAUUCACCGGGUUUGGGCCACGCAUCCGCCCAACUCGUUGUUUGCCAGCCAUCAGCCUGACAAACAGUGGCAGCAAGAGCAGGUACCCAAUGUGCAACGGUUGGGUUCGCGAUUGGCAGCAGGCCUUGUCAUUGGGACUUUCACCGGAAUGCUGGCAUCUCGUCGUGCGUCCAGGAACACUUUCGGCCGACCGUGGCGCAAAACCUGGGUCCGUGCUCCGGCAGAAGCAGUGGAGGUGCUGACUACUCCCAAAAUUGAAGAUGCAAACAUUUUACCACCAGAAGAACCCCAAGAUGAACAUCAAUUGAUUGUUGUCCUAGUGGCUGCAGCGUAUGUGAUUUGGCAGAUGGACAAAGUCAACAUGUCUAUCGCUAUUCUUCCAAUGGCCGCAGACUUUUCUUGGGAUAGCUCAGAGCAAGGCAUCAUUCAGAGCUCCAUUUUUUGGGGCUAUGCUGCCACCCAAGUCCUUGGUGGCUUGCUGGCCACUCGUUUUGGUGGCAAGCGUGUGUUGCUCUUCGCCGUGGCUUUGUGGUCUUUGGCCACGAUGUUGGCGCCCAGCGCGGCCACGGUCUCCACCGAAGUCUUCAUCGCGAGCCGCGUCCUGGUGGGCAUCGGAGAGGGCCUGGCCCCUGCUGCUGGGCUACGGAUGGUGGCCACCUGGGUGCCUGAAGCGGAACGCAGCCGCGCUGUUGCCACGCUGGGAGCGGGGAAGACAGGAGGAUCCAUUGCGGGGCUGCUGCUGGCGCCAGUGGUCAUUGGAGCCUUUGGAUGGCAAGCCAUGUUCUACUCCUUUGGGGUGCUGGGAUUGUUCUGGGCGGCAGUGUGGUGGGUGAAAGGCCAAGAUCGAGAGGGCAGUGUGGGAGCCAGCGGUGAUCAAGAUAUCCCUUGGUUUCCCAUUCUCUCCACUCCUCCUUUGUGGGGUGUUGUGGUGGCGCACUUUUGCCAUGACUUUGGUGGAUAUGCGUUGCUCACCUGGACUCCCACCUACUUGAACAAGGCCAUGGGCUACGACUUGACGGGCAGCAGCGAGCUGACAGUGAUCCCCAGCGUCUGCGCUGUGGCGGUUGCUGCCAUGGCUGGCACGGCCGCGGAUCACCUCCAUGGCAAUGGCAUGUCCUUGACGACGGUACGGAAGAUCUUCCAGAGCUUGGGAUUCUUCAUUCCAUGUCUCAUGCUGGGGUUAUUGGCCAACAUGUCCGAUGUGGAGCCUGGCUCAGUGAUGCCAAUCAUCCUGCUCACUGUGGGUAUUGCUUCUGGUGCUUGCUCCUAUGCUGGGCUUUAUUCAAGCCAUGCGGACCUGAGUGCCAAGUACAGUGGCAUCGUCAACGGCGUCUCCACCACCUUUGGCGCCUUGGCCGGGGUCUGUAGCAACGCCUAUGUAGGCUACGCCCUAAAGGCCACCGACUCCAACUGGGCGCUGUCGCUGUUCCUGCCCUCCAUCGGGCUGUACGUGGUGGGCUGGCUGGUGUACACCGUGCUCUACGAUGCCACGCCGAUUGAUUGGGACAAAGAAACCAACUCAACCGUUGACUCAACCGUUGACUCAACCUGACAAGGACAUGGCUGAGAAGCAUAGCUGAAUGUUGAUGAAUGUUGAUGGAUAUUGAUGGAUGUUGGCUGUGUUUCACCCAUUUUCUACCUCCUUUGAGGUGCUGAGGUGCCGAUGGCACAUCUUUUCCAGGUCACUCAUUGAUUUCAGUGAUGGUUUCCGUCAAAA